AUGUCGAACCACGCUCUCAUCUUCGGCGCCACAGGCAUCCAAGGCUGGGCUGUGACUAACCAGCUGCUCAAUGGCUACCCAUCGUCAGACAGCUUCUCCAAGAUCACAGCCCUCACCAAUCGCCCCAUCACCGAGGAGAUCUUAUGGCCGGAGAACGACAAACUGCAAGUCAUAAGUGGCAUCAAUCUCCUGACCGAUAAGGGCCUAGAAGGCCUCAACCACGAGCUCAAGGAACGAGUCCCCGACAUCGAAUCUGUCACGCAAGUGUUCUUCUUCGCCUACGUUUACAAGGAGAACCCAGACGAAGAGAUCAGCGUCAACGCUGAACUACUGAAAAGAGCAGUCACAGCAGUCGAGUCCCUAUCGCCAAACCUCAAAUUCGUCUUGCUCCCUACCGGCACUAAAGCGUACGGUGUUCAGUGCCUCGCAGACUUCCCAUUCGCCGACAAGCUACCACUGUCAGAAGAUCUACCCCGAAUCCCCGAGCCCUACCGCUCACAGAACUUCUACUACAACCAAACGGACUGGCUGGAGGCAGAGAGCAGAGGCAAGGCGUGGACAUUCUGCGAGAUCCGCCCUGACGUGGUGGUAGGCUUCGUGCCGAACAACAAUGUAUACUGCCUCGCCCAGACACUUGCAACAUAUCUGGCUUGCUACCGAGAGGUUGAGGGCGAAGGAGCAGAAUGUGCAUUUCCAGGCACAGCAAAGAGCUGGAAGAGUCUUUCGAAUGACUCUGGACAAGACAUUGUCGCUCGGUUCGCUAUACAUGCCGCCUUUCACCCUGAGACAUCAGGUAAUGGUCAGGCGUUCAACGUAGCCUCGCACUCGCAGCCGGCAUCCUGGGAGCAGAAGUGGCCUGUGAUUUGCGACUUCUUUGGCCUGAAAGGCACGCCGCCUCCUGAAGGUGGUAGUGGACCUCAGCCUGGAGAGUACCUGGCCUCAAAUAUCCAGCGAUGGAAGGAGCUGGAGAAGCAGCACAGCCUUGUGACGGGUCGUGUUGGCAACGAUAGAUCCCUGGCUGGCUAUCAGUAUUUCAUCAUGACACUGUUCGAUUUCGACCGCCAGCUGGAUCUGAGCAAGAUGCAUGCAACUUGGAAGAAAGGUGGAGAGGCGGAGGAAUCUGACACGAAGCUGGUGUGGUGGACAGCGUUCGAACGUUUCAGGGCCGCUAAGAUCAUACCUUAG